ACCGAACGCCGGUUGCCCAUGCGGCCCUAGGGCUGGGAGCGCCGCGCCGCGCCGCGCUCCGCAGCGGGGGAGGCCAUGGCGGAACCUUCCCAGGCCUCGACCCCGGCCCCAGCCGCUCAGCCGCGUCCCCUUCAGUCCCCAGCCCCCGCCCCAACUCCGACUCCUGCUCUCAGCCCUGCUUCGGCCCCGACUCCGGCUCCCACUCCGGCACCAGCCCCCGCCCCAGCUGCAGCCCCAGCCGGGAGCACAGGGACUGGGGGGCCCGGGGUAGGAAGUGGGGGUACCGGGAGCGGGGGUGAUCCGGCUCGCCCUGGCCUGAGCCAGCAGCAGCGCGCCAGCCAGAGGAAAGCGCAAGUCCGGGGGCUGCCGCGCGCCAAGAAGCUUGAGAAGCUAGGGGUCUUCUCGGCUUGCAAGGCCAAUGAAACCUGCAAGUGCAAUGGCUGGAAAAACCCCAAGCCCCCCACUGCACCCCGCAUGGACCUGCAGCAGCCAGCUGCCAACCUGAGCGAGCUGUGCCGUAGCUGUGAGCACCCCUUGGCUGACCACGUGUCCCACCUGGAGAAUGUGUCAGAGGAUGAGAUUAACCGGCUGCUGGGGAUGGUGGUAGAUGUGGAGAAUCUGUUCAUGUCUGUUCAUAAGGAGGAGGACACGGACACCAAGCAGGUCUAUUUCUACCUCUUCAAGCUCCUGCGGAAGUGCAUCCUGCAGAUGACCCGGCCCGUGGUGGAGGGAUCCCUGGGCAGCCCCCCUUUUGAGAAGCCUAAUAUCGAGCAGGGUGUGCUGAACUUUGUGCAGUACAAGUUUAGUCACCUGGCUCCCCGGGAGCGGCAGACGAUGUUUGAGCUCUCGAAGAUGUUCCUGCUCUGCCUUAACUACUGGAAGCUUGAGACGCCCGCCCAAUUCCGGCAGAGGUCUCAGGCCGAGGACGUGGCUACCUACAAGGUCAAUUAUACCAGAUGGCUCUGUUACUGCCAUGUGCCCCAGAGCUGCGACAGCCUCCCCCGGUACGAGACCACUCACGUCUUUGGGCGAAGCCUUCUCCGCUCCAUCUUCACCGUCACCCGGCGACAGCUGCUGGAGAAGUUCCGGGUGGAGAAGGACAAGCUGGUGCCUGAGAAGAGGACCCUCAUCCUCACCCACUUCCCCAAAUUCCUGUCCAUGCUGGAGGAGGAGAUCUACGGGGCAAACUCUCCGAUCUGGGAGUCGGGCUUCACCAUGCCGCCCUCGGAGGGAACCCAGAUGGUGCCCCGGCCGGCUACAGUCAGUGCCGCGGUUGUUCCCAGCGCCCCCAUCUUCAGCCCCACCAUGGGUGGGGGUGGCAACAGCUCCUUGAGCCUGGACUCCGCAGGAGCCGAGCCCAUGCCAGCAGGCGAGAAGAGGAAGCUCCCCGAGAACCUGACCCUGGAGGAUGCCAAGCGGCUCCGUGUGAUGGGCGACAUCCCCAUGGAGCUGGUCAACGAGGUCAUGCUCACUAUCACGGAUCCUGCUGCCAUGCUGGGGCCCGAGACGAGCCUGCUGUCGGCCAAUGCAGCCCGGGACGAGACGGCCCGCCUGGAGGAGCGCCGUGGCAUCAUCGAGUUCCACGUCAUCGGCAACUCGCUCACGCCCAAGGCCAACCGGCGGGUGUUGCUGUGGCUGGUGGGGCUGCAGAAUGUCUUCUCGCACCAGCUGCCGCGCAUGCCCAAGGAGUAUAUCGCCCGCCUCGUCUUUGACCCGAAGCACAAGACUCUGGCCUUGAUCAAGGACGGGCGAGUCAUUGGUGGGAUCUGCUUCCGCAUGUUUCCCACCCAGGGCUUCACGGAGAUUGUCUUCUGUGCUGUCACCUCAAAUGAGCAGGUCAAGGGCUAUGGGACUCACCUGAUGAAUCACCUGAAGGAGUAUCACAUCAAACACAACAUCCUCUACUUCCUCACCUACGCCGACGAGUAUGCCAUUGGCUACUUCAAAAAGCAGGUGCGGAUUCAGGUUGGAAAAGCCUUGCUGAUGCAUCGGUGGGAACUCGCCACCUUCCAGGGCUUCUCCAAGGACAUCAAGGUGCCCAAGAGCCGCUACCUGGGUUACAUCAAGGACUAUGAGGGCGCGACGCUGAUGGAGUGUGAGCUGAACCCUCGGAUCCCCUACACGGAGCUGUCCCACAUCAUCAAGAAGCAGAAGGAGAUCAUCAAGAAGCUGAUUGAACGCAAACAGGCCCAGAUCCGGAAGGUCUACCCCGGGCUCAGCUGCUUCAAAGAGGGCGUGAGGCAGAUCCCUGUGGAGAGCGUCCCUGGCAUUCGAGAGACGGGCUGGAAGCCGCUGGGCAAGGAGAAAGGGAAAGAGCUGAAGGACCCGGACCAGCUCUACACGACCCUCAAAAACCUGCUGGCUCAGAUCAAGUCCCACCCCAGUGCCUGGCCCUUCAUGGAGCCCGUGAAGAAGUCGGAGGCCCCAGACUACUACGAGGUCAUCCGCUUCCCCAUCGACCUGAAGACCAUGACGGAGAGGCUGCGCAGCCGGUACUACGUGACGCGGAAGCUCUUCGUGGCGGACCUGCAGCGGGUCAUCGCCAACUGCCGCGAGUACAACCCCCCAGACAGCGAGUACUGCCGCUGCGCCAGCGCCCUGGAGAAGUUCUUCUACUUCAAGCUCAAGGAGGGCGGGCUCAUCGACAAGUAGCCUGACUCUGGACCGUGGCCUCCACCCGUAAAGUCUCCGUCUCAGGCUCUGAUCUGAUGCCUGAGGUGGCCCUACCCAGGUCCCCCUCGGUGUGAGACACUCCAGCGGGGGCCCUGCACCCCGCGAUCCUGCAGCCUUUCUGGGCCCUGGGGCACCGCACGCCUGCAGCUCUGUCCCAUCCUUCCUUGUGUCUGACCUUGGGGAGGGGUUUCUGGGUCUGGAGCCCAGCCCCUCUAGAGUGGCUGGUGGCCCCCAGCCCGGGUCUCCCCACUAAGCUAUGGCGUCUUAGAAGCCCGGGCCUGGCCCAGGUCACUGUUUCCUCAAGGGCAGGAUUUCCAGUUUUCGCUUGAGUGACGGGCCCUCAGGGGUUGGAAGUUCAACCUGGACUGGAGGGGCCGAGCGUCAUUCUGCACUGAUCUGUUUUUCCCCUGGGGUGGGGGCAUGGGGACCAUUCAUUUCUUGGCAUUAAUCCCUUGGAGGGAACAAUAAAGUUCUUUUUUUUUUU